CUUAAUAACUUUUCCGCCAGCAAAAUCAGUGCCACGCUCCGAGAAUGGAAUUAUUAGCCAACGAUACUCUCUCGCUUUUUCCUGAUGGAUUGACGCUAAUGCCCACGAUCACAGUUUGUAAGCGGUUCUCAAGGCAACCAAGGCCUGCUACUUUGAAGUCUGCCAAUGCUGCAAUCUCGAUGUCUCUCUGAUUUUCUGCUUCAACUGCCUUGGAUGAUAUAAACACAAGAUCAGCCCUGUCUGUCUGACUGUCUGACUGGCUGACUGGCUGUGAGCUGUUGGUGAGCCCCUGAGGGUUUAAUAACCCAGCCUGACCACAAAACGCAACCUCGGAGUGCCUCAUGGACUGUAUGCACACGCCGCUUGGAUUUAAGCAACAGGGUAUCAAGUGUCCCAAGUGACAAAGGUGUCCAUAAGACGGACAUAGGCCUUCAGCCAGUAGGCUAGAUUCUAAGCCAUGGCUUUGGAGGUGGUCUUCAGAGGAGCAGCCAAUCAGGAUACUGGGCGACACCAGACCUGGCUAGAGGUCAGAGGUCAGAUCUGAGAGAGGAUGGAGACCAGAGGGCAACGCACAAGGGCAGGAAUUUUGUUCUGGACCCCCGCUCCUCAACGCCCCUCUCCCUUCAGCUCCAUAGGCUCAGAGGUGGACUGGGGGGAAGAGGAAGAGGAGGAUGAAGAAGGUUGGGACAGGAAAGCAGAAGAAGAGGAGGGCUUCCACACCCAGAUGGAUGAGAACGGGAUCAUAGGACUGGACGAGGCCUUGGAGGAUGUGGAUCUGGGAGGAGAAGAGGAGGGAGAGGAGAAUCCACCCCGGUACUCUGGAGCCUUGGAGGGGUCCCUGUCCCCCAGUAGGCCAGGUGGGCUGGGGCUGGUAAACCCUCUGGAGGAGCUGAGUUGUAACCUGAGUGAGCUGCAGGAUUCUGAGCCACCUGGAGAGGACAGGCACGCGCUGUCACUCUAUGACGAUCUCCUGGAGGACAAGGACAGUGUGGAGAUCUGGAGUGAGGAAGAGGAGCAGCAGAAGGUUGAAGAGGAGCAGAGCUGCGUGGUCGACAGGCAGCGGAUGGAGCAUCUCCCAGAGAGAGACAGACAGCUGGACAUGACGGAGGACGAGAAGGAGGUAGAGGAGGAUGGAGAGGAGGAGGUGGACAGCGAGCCACACGCACACACUGACAUGAUGGCAUAUCCUGUCAUAGCCGAGGCUGGGUCUGGCUGGGAUCAGGGCCUUAGUGUCAGAGGAGAAGAGUGGGAGAAGGAGGAGAGAGAGGUCCGUGCUAUAGGCAGUUAUAGGGCCGACCUACAAAUAGAGGAGACUAGUGAACUCUCAGAGAGUGACAACAGAGGGGGGGGACGGUUGGGAGAGAGUGUGUCUGGAAACCUAAUUUUCCCUCCCGACCUGCUCUGUUCAUCCCCCCAGUCUCUUCCCUCCCCUCCCAGGAGUUCUACCUUUCCUCACCUCCUCCAUUUCUCCUCCGAGGAGUUGGCCUAUGCUGCAGGGAUUGAAGCUGAGACGUUCCCGGAGGAUCCCACCUUCACAGAGAGCCUUCCGGAAUCCCGCAGCAGCCGGAUGAGCAGCGCCCCCAGGCCUCAUUGGGCGCUUGAGUCAGGGGGGGAGGAUCUCAAGCCUAGGACCUCCCCUUACCCAGCAGCUAUCUCUCCCGACUGUGGGAUAUCUUACCAACUCGGUGAGAGAAAAGAAAGGGGUGGAGAGAGCCCACAGGAUGAGGCAGGCGUUAACCAUCGGCAACAUCCUUAUCCGAGAAAGAUAAGACAGAGCUUAUCUGACACCCCACAAGCCAUGGUUUGUUCCUCUCAGAAAUCCUGGCAUGUACCCUCACAGUCCCCCCUUCACAGCAGCACCAAGGACUGGAGCCAGCAGACCCUCAGGGAGAGCCCCCCCAAACACCAACCCAGGAGUCAGGACCCUGACAUGGACGAGGGCCGAAGAGGCCCACUGACCUACCCCACCCCAGACUUCUCCAAGGUAGAGCCCAGGGUCCACUUCCCUAAGAGCGGCUACACCCCCCCCAAGAGCAAAGGCUCCCCCAGAAAGAGGUCUCUGUCAGUGGAGCCCCCCCUGGUGUUCAAGUCCCCUGCUGACAUAGUGAGAGAGGUGCUGCUGAGCAGUACAGACGGACCCCAAUCCCCCUCGCCGCCCAACGGGCCCCACAGGCCCCUAAACUCUAUGGUGCCAGAGGAUUUCAGAUGCCCACAACAGGCCAGCACUCUGGUACAGCAGCUGCAGGAGGACUACAACAGGCUGCUGACCAAGUAUGCUGAGGCAGAGAACACUAUUGAUCGGAUGCGUCUGGAAGCCAAGGUGAGCCUCUACUCCGACCCUCCCAAGCCCAGUCACGCUGUCCAAUCAGGUGUACUCCAUGAAGGGUCAAAGGUCAUGACCCUAACUUUUCCCCACGCUCAGAGAGCGGAGCUCAGCUCGGGCUCUGUUUACCUAAAUGGACAGGCUGCCCACCAAGGACAUAGUGGAGUCUCCACUGUCUGUCCCUCCUCAGCGGCCUCCUCAUCCCCCAGAAGCCUGGGCCCUGGAGUUGGAGAGCAGCUGACCAGGGCUCUCUCAAAGCAGGCUGAGAGGUUCCUCCAGCAGGUGCAAACAUUUGAAGAGCUCCUGAGGAGAGGGAAACUUAAACCAUUUGAGCAGAUGAAGGGUUUGUCCCAGCUGCUGCAGGGGCAGGAUUCUAUGGAAAGAGGUUAUCUAGCAGCACGAGACGAACACAGACUUCUACUGCAGAGAGGGGCCGAGCUGGGCCCCUUUGACCCCGGCAGGGAGUUGGAGGGCCGUAUAUUCCAGUGUGGGAUGCGUGUGGAGGAGCUCAAGGAACAGGUGGAGCAGACUGAACAGGAUCGGCCCACCUCAGAAGCUCCUCCCACUCCACCUCCUCACCCCACCCCCUACUCCAUGUCUGCAGGGGGCAGCGAGCCCAUGCCACUCCCUGAGAGCCCAGUGUUACCUCUGCCAGGGGAGUCUGGGGUGGGGGUGGAGGUGGAGGUUAGCUCGGCCAGCGGAGAGAGCGAGGGAGAGGAGGGAGGGAUGCCGUCCCUGCUCCUCCAUCCCUUACGUCACAAACACAAAUGCGUAGAGAGAGACUUCAGCAUGCUGAUGGACCACUACCAGAGUUUCAGGGAGCUGCCCAGACUGCUAGACCUGGAUCUGACAGAGGGCCAUGACUCCUCUGAUGCAGGAGAAAAAGCCACACAUUCAGGUAGUGAGGGGACAAGAGAGGGACCACACCCAAGGACAGGGAGGGAGAAGGGCCACACAAGUCUCGCUCAGAGACGGCCAAUGCAAGGUCAGCAGGCCGCUACAUUCUUUCCAACGGCGAGACCAAGGACCAGCAAAUCAGUUCCUCCUUCCCCAAAGGACCUCAGCCAGUCCACUGCAUUUCCUGAUCUCCUGGCCAAUGACAGCAAGAGGUCAGAGGUCAGGAAGUCUCAUGGCAGCAGUCUGACCAGUCUGGAGGACAGUGCUGCCUCAGAGAGGCGAGGCUCCAAACUGCAGCCUGGGACCAGGAGAUUGCCGUCCCAGGAUGGGAUCAUCUCACCAGAGACUGACAGUGGUUUUGUUGGCUCUGAAAGCAGUCGUCUGACUCCUGCAGCACCUAGUCCUCUCCACCAGAGGGCCAUAGCGAGCCUGUCAGUCCCUGAGGAGCAGAGCUCAGGGAAGCCUCACCACACAGUCCCCGUGUCAGGGCAGCCUCUAUACUCUCCCUGCACCCCCUCACACAGACCACAGAGGCCAACCUUGCUGGAGCACAGUGGAGGCUCUCGUCUGAGCACCCCAAGGCAGGUACGGGGGUCUUCAGGGAGAACCAGAGGGGAGGAAAGGAGGGGCACCUCAGCCUCCAGUUCCCCCCAGCACAGGGGCAGCGGGACCAGUGAGUUUGGACCAGACAGUGACCACAUCCACUCUGCGUCAGGGGAGGAUGAGGGACGUAGUGACCGUUCCACCCGAACGACCCAGCAUCGCUACCAGCCAAGCCCCUCCCCCACUGCACCCUAUCACCAUGGCGAUCCCCUCCGAGCCCUGAGCUCUGGUCAGCUGACCAACCGCAAUGAGGCCAUCCAGUCCCUGCAGGCGGAGGUGGGCAGACUAAAGGAGCGACUAGAGGGCAGUCUGAGACAGACCAACCCUCCCAGUCCUGUUAGAGCUCCCCCCUCAGCCCAGGAUGACCACACACACCCUCUCAGCUCAACACCUCGUACCAGGUCUGCUCAGCGAAGGAGGGAUGGUGGUAGAGAGGAGAGCAGGGAGGAGAGGAGGUUGGGUGAGGAGCAGCAGGUGGAGGAGAGGUCUCCCAGGUUGAAUGCUAGAAGAUCAGCCUCUGUACCCAGACAGAGACCUGAACUGGACAUCACGACAGAGUCGGAGCAUUUCCAGUCCACACCCAGACUUCGGUUCUCCAGGCGUAUCCCAGUGUCCCCUGCAACAUGGGGAGGCAGCCGUGGCAGAGCAGAGACCGUCAGGAACAGCGGAGCCCACACAAGACAGCAUGUCAGUAUGUCUGUAGGUGGAGAUGGUGGUGAUAAACCUGACUGUAGAGGGAGGCAGGCCCCUGUGUGUCCACAAUGUUCCCCACAGACACACAGCCAUGGACACUCUACACGACCAGAUGGGGGUGGUGGUGACACUGAGCCUAUCCACAGUCACACUGGUCUUCAUUCUCGUCACUGUCCUACGUGUGGAAGGUCUCAGACGUACCGGAGCACGAAACACGACCGACGGACAGAGAGCGACUCAGGUCCCGCCCACAGAGGCAGCUGGCCAAUGAGCUCCCCCCAUGGAGAUGUGAGAGGCGUGUUCUUUGCAGCGCCGCCCCCUCCUGUGCUGGGCAGUGUGCCACUGGUCCAGUGUGUGCCAGUGUGCCCGCCAGUUCUGUACUACUCCAGCCCUGUGAUGAAUGUAGCUCCAUCCCACCCCCAGCCCAUCUACGUGUCUCUGGGUGGGGGUGUGGCCACUGUGGUUAGGGGUCAUCAUGAGCAGGUCAGAGGUGGAGCCGGCCGUUCCCUGUCUGCUGACCAGCGCUCUCUGAGCAGCUCUCUGAACCAUGCUAUCGAGGCGGCCAGGGGGAUGAGGGAGGCCUCCCGACGCAUGGCCCGCACCAUCGCCACCGGACUGCACCACCAGGAGGCGCUGUCACAGUCCUGCAUGUACUGAUGGACCAGACUAGACACACACACACCGGGGUUGUAUUCAUUAGUGUACACCGUAGCAAAAUGUUUUGCAACUUAAAAGGAGAACAAGCGUUUCUUAUUGGAGAAGUUCAGGUACUCGUACUCCCUACCCAUUUCGGUUUGGUGUCUAGUGAAUUUGACCCUGGCAAGUCUUUGGACCAGCCACUCUGUACUGACAUGGACAUCUCUAAAUGUGAAGUUAUUGUACUGUGCACUAUAUCUUUAGUAUAACAGUUUGGUAUUUGGGGUAACAUGAAGCAAGUGCCUGGGUACAGAUACUAGGGCCUCAAGCCAGUCCUUAAGCUGCAGGUUUCUUGGUUGCAGGGAGUGAGGAACUACAGACCCUUGACAUCAGUAUUUGAUCAUCACCCAGUGGCUCAGCACUGAUAGGAAAGUAGGGUCUACAAACUGUACUUUUUACAGGUUACUACAGGUUACUUUAUACAGUACAGGUUACUACAGGUUACUUUAUACAGUACAGGUUACUACAGGUUACUUUAUACAGUACAGGUUAUAGCUUUAGAUGAAAGGUGGAGUGGCUAUGUUGAAAUCUCAGGUAUCAUAUAGAACAACCAUUGUGGGAUCUGGCAGCUUAAGUGGACAACAGCAGCAGUUCAUCUCUUACUCAUAAAAAUGCACUAGAAUCUGCAUAUUAAUGAUUUACGUUUCGAAAUAACGGACAUCUGCACAUGUUUAGUUUGCUUUGAAACCUGGAAUUAGUUUUGGACUUUUGUUUUGUUACAUUUGUACAAUGGAUGUGAGACAAAGAAAUUCAAUUGCUGCUAUGGAUCUUCAGAUGAGAUGAAACAUUCACACAUUUUACCCUAAUUUAUUGAUUCUAAAUCAGGGUUCUCCAGCUGGCGGCCUGCAGGUGGUUUCAUUUGAAAUUAUGUUUUAGUCAAACAUAUCCGUUUCAGUUUGCAGUCUACAAAUGAUUUGGAAUUAUGUUCCGGCCCCCUGACCGUUCGCUCAACAAAAAAGAAAUCGUCCCACGGCUGAAUCAAGUUGAUGAUCCCUGUUCUAAAUGGUUUGUUUCAAUUUUAUUCUUCAUCAUUUGUGUAAUAAUGAGUUAAUAAUGUUAGUAAUUGGUCGUGCUGGUCGUAUUUUUAUAGAUGUCUUAGAGUUUGUGUUGAACACAAAAAUAAGACUUAAGAAAUACACAUUUCUAGGAUUUCGGAAAUGCAGAUUUAAAAAAACAAAAACAGAUCCUGACGUCUUUUGUACUAUGAUUUAUUAUCAAACGAUUUUUUUUUAACUAAUAUUUUGUAGCAAAAUAUUUUAAUUUUUGCUUUGAAGCCAAAUAAAUGUUGAUGGUGAAACAACUAA